AUGUCAUUCACACCUCGUCCAUUCCUCUUCCCCACUCGUACCCCUUCCUGGUUCCUCGGUCACAUGGUUCGUUCCCUUCGCGCCUUACCUGCUCUCUUGGAAGAUAUCGACUUAGUCAUAGAAGCUCGUGAUGCACGUUUAGCACUCACUUCUAUCAACCCGACUUUUGACAACAUACUCGCUAAAGCUUGGGGAAGUAGGAAAGGGAAAGAAAGAGCGGAUGAGAGGGAGAAGGUGGUAGUUUAUACCAAGAGGGAUUUAGCGGAGGGCAGAUUCGAAGUGCCUUUGAUCAAAGCUUUCAAGAGUCAUAUGAACCAACAAGUCUUCUUCGCCGACACGAGAUCAGACGCAGAUGUCAAAUCUAUCCUCCGUCAUGCAAUAGAUUUUGCCAAGGGGAGAGAAGAGGGGUUAAAGGUGUUGGUAGUCGGGAUGCCUAAUGUAGGAAAGAGUUCUUUACUCAACGCUUUACGAAGAGUAGGAAUGCAUAAAGGAAAAGCAUUUCGAACAGGUGCAGAAGCAGGUAUAACACGUCGAUUAACAGGGACAGUCAAGAUAUUCGAAUCCCCUUUAGUCUACGUAUACGAUACACCUGGAGUUAUGAUACCUUAUCUUGGUCAUGGUAUCAUAGGAGCGGAAAGAGGUUUAAAACUUGCUCUAACAGCGGGUAUAAAAGAAGGAUUGUUCGAACGUGAUGUCAUGGUAGAUUAUUUAUUAUGGAGGAUGAAUAUCAAAUUGACUCAACAACAACAUUUACCUCUUGAUCAAAGGGAUCCUACAUACCUCGAUUUAUUACCAUUACCACUAACGUUCACCCAACCUACCGAAGAUCCACAGACAUUACUCUCUGCUUUAGCUCAGAGAUUAGGAGCAUUGAGAAAAGGUGGUGAACCGGAUUUAGAAGCUUCAGCUACGUAUCUUAUCAGAGCUUUCAGAGAGGGUAAAUUGGGUCCUUGGACAUUAGACGAUCUG